GCAGUGCGGCCGCUGGCUCAUCGACUGCAGGGUCCUGCCGCCCAACCACCGGGUCGUGUGGCCCACGGCCGUGGUCUUCGACCUGGCGCAGGCGCUGCGCGACGGCGUCCUGCUCUGCCAGCUCCUGCACAACCUGUCCCCCGGCUCCAUCGACCUCAAGGACAUCAACUUCCGGCCGCAGAUGUCCCAGUUCCUGUGUCUGAAGAACAUCCGGACCUUCCUGAAGGUUUGUCACGACAAGUUCGGGCUGCGCAACAGUGAGCUCUUCGACCCCUUUGACCUCUUUGACGUCCGGGACUUUGGGAAGGUCAUCUCGGCCGUGUCCAGGCUCUCCCUACACAGCAUCGCACAGAACAAAGGCAUCAGGCCUUUUCCUUCCGAGGAGACAGCGGACGAUGAUGAUGUCUACCGCAGCCUGGAGGAGCUGGCCGACGAGCAUGACCUGGGCGAGGACAUCUAUGACUGCGUCCCGUGUGAAGAUGAAGGGGACGACAUCUAUGAGGACAUCAUCAAGGUGGAGGUACAGCAGCCCAUGAUCAGGUACAUGCAGAAAAUGGGUAUGUCGGAGGACGACAAGAGGAACUGCUGUCUGCUGGAGAUUCAGGAGACCGAGGCCAAGUACUACCGCACGCUGGAGGACAUCGAGAAGAACUACAUGAGCCCGCUGAGGCUGGUGCUGACCCCUGGGGACAUGGCGGCCAUCUUUAUCAACCUAGAGGACCUGAUCAAAGUGCAUCACAGCUUCCUGCGGGCCAUCGACCUGUCCAUGAUGGCGGGAGGCAGCACUCUUGCCAAGGUCUUCCUGGACUUCAAGGAAAGGCUUCUCAUCUACGGUGAGUACUGCAGCCACAUGGAACACGCCCAGCACACGCUGAACCAGCUCCUGGCGGGCCGUGAGGACUUCCGACAGAAAGUGGAGGAGUGCACGCUGAAGGUCCAGGAGGGCAAGUUCAAGCUGCAGGAUCUGCUUGUGGUGCCCAUGCAGAGGGUGCUCAAGUACCACCUCCUCCUCAAGGAACUUUUGAGUCACUCCACCGACCGACCUGAGAGACAGCAGCUCAAAGAAGCCCUGGAAGCCAUGCAGGACCUGGCCAUGUACAUCAACGAGGUCAAGCGGGACAAGGAAACGCUGAAGAAGAUUAGCGAGUUUCAGACCUCCAUCGAGAACUUGCAAGUGAAGCUGGAGGAGUUUGGGAGGCCGAAGAUCGAUGGGGAGCUCAAGGUGCGGUCCAUCGUCAACCACACCAAGCAGGACAGGUACCUGUUCCUGUUUGACAAGGUGGUCAUCGUCUGCAAGCGGAAGGGCUACAGCUACGAGCUGAAGGAGAUCAUCGAGCUUCUCUUCCACAAGAUGACCGACGACCCCAUGAACAACAAGGACAUCAAGAAGUCUCACGGGAAAAUGUGGUCCUACGGCUUCUAUCUCAUCCACCUUCAAGGAAAGCAGGGCUUCCAGUUCUUCUGCAAGACGGAGGACAUGAAGAGGAAGUGGAUGGAGCAGUUCGAGAUGGCCAUGUCCAACAUUAAGCCGGACAAAGCUCACGCCAACCACCACAGCUUCCAGAUGUACACGUUUGACAAGACCACGAGCUGCAAAGCCUGCAGGAUGUUCCUCCGGGGCACCUUCUAUCAGGGCUACCUGUGCACCAAGUGUGGCGUCGGGGCGCAUAAGGAGUGUCUGGAGGUGAUGCCCCCCUGCAAGAUCAGUUUUCCUGCUGACCUGGAUGCUUCCGGAGCAGGGCCAGGUCCCAGGAUGGUGGCCGUGCAGAAUUACCACGGUAACCCUGCGCCCCCUGGGAAGCCGGCACUCACCUUCCAGACGGGUGAUGUGGUGGAGCUGCUUCGUGGUGACCCUGAGUCACAGUGGUGGGAGGGCCGGCUGCUACAGACCAAGAAGUCAGGCUACUUCCCGAGCUCGUCUGUGAAGCCCUGUCCCGUGGACGGAAGGCCACCCGUCAGCCGGCCACCAUCCCGGGAGAUCGACUACACAGCCUACCCCUGGUUUGCUGGGAACAUGGAGAGGCAGCAGACGGACAACUUGCUCAAAGCUCACGCCAGCGGCACCUACCUGAUACGGGAGCGGCCCGCCGAGGCUGAGCGUUUCGCCAUCAGCAUCAAGUUUAACGAUGAGGUGAAACACAUCAAGGUGGUGGAGAAGGACAGCUGGAUCCACAUCACAGAAGCAAAGAAGUUUGAAAGCCUCUUGGAGUUGGUGGAGUACUACCAGUGCCACUCGCUCAAGGAGAGCUUCAAGCAGCUGGACACGACGCUCAAGUACCCCUACAAGUCCCGGGAGCGUGCAGCUGCCAGGGCCUCCAGCCGGUCCCCAGCUUCCUGUGCUUCCUACAACUUUUCUUUUCUCAGUCCUCAGGGCCUCAGCUUUGCUUCUCAGGGCUCCUCUGCUCCCUUCUGGUCAGUAUUCACGCCCCGGGUCAUCGGCACGGCCGUGGCCAGGUACAACUUCGCCGCCCGGGACAUGCGGGAGCUCUCGCUGCGAGAAGGCGACGUGGUGAAGAUCUUCAGCCGUAUCGGCGGGGACCAGGGCUGGUGGAAGGGCGAGGCCAACGGGCGGGUUGGCUGGUUUCCUUCAACGUACGUAGAAGAGGAGGGCGUCCAGUGACAGCAGGGACUUGGGCUGGACGCGCCGAUUUCUCGGACUUGUCGCUCCAGCUCGGAAGUCGGUCUCUAACUCCAC